UUACAAUAUGAGUUGGUAAUUAGCAACAACAAAAUUGUAAAUUUAAAACACAUUUAUGUAACAUUCAUGGCUGUGUAGUUUCAGGUUAGUAGAAAACAUUGCAAGAAGUAUAUUUUUAUACUUUCUUUAGAGAUAUUUUGUCCUUUUGUUGGAAAUGUCAUGUUCGCAGUUUUACGCACGCUGCAUUCCAGAAAUGACAUACAGACGUUGCUUGCAUGUGUGUUGUUCAAUUUUACGGCAUUUAGCGUCUUGUUUUAUCUUACUUUUCUUUGCAUUUAUUGGAAGAACCCUGUCUCUCAAAUUCAGACCUUUCGUGCAGUAAUUUCGGCUUUAAAAGCUAAUGAUUUAAUAGGGAUAUUAUAUUUCUGUAAUAUUUGCCUAGAAUAUUUGCCCGGCAUUUGGAUUAUGUGGGAAUUUAAUAUCUUACUAUAUAUGCGGUGUUUAUGUUUAUGUUUACGUAAAUUUCAAUAUUUGUGGCUAUAUAUUACGGAUUUCCUACAAAUUAAUACAUAAAAACAAAGCUUUGAAAAGUGACAGUAAAAUUCUGCACAAAUUCCAAGUGUAUAUCACUUACACAUUUUAUAUCACUAAUUACGGUAUAUUUAUUUAAAGAUCGCUGCCGAUGUCUGUGCAUCAUUUCGCCAUCUGUUGAAGUGACAUUUUUGCAGCAAAGUGAAGUGGUUUAAAGCACUCAAACAGGGCAGUCAUGAGGAAGAAAAUGAAAUCGAAGUUGGCUCCCAAGAGUUGAACCAGAUUGAUGAUUUGGACAAUUCUUGGGAGCCAUCCCAAGAUGGAAUCAUUGCUGAACUAAGGUACUAAGAGGAAUGUUUUAACAUUGCUUCAACUACAACUUUAGGCUUGCAAGUAUGCAUGUUCAUUUGCAGUCAUAUAUAUUAAUAUUAAAGAUGGACACUUAUACAGAGUUCACUAAAGUAUGUCCUUGUAGAAUUAAGAUUGAUUUACACUACGCAACUUUUGCCUAAAACUGUCGCAUAUAACCUGCUUACAACUUGAGUUGUACUGUGUAAAUCAAGCACACAACUCACCUAUGUUGUUGUGAUGAGUUGUGUGUUCCGGAUUUUCGGAACUCUAAUACAAUCAAACUGAACACAGUCACAUGACUAUUCUGGCUACAAUCAUGUGACUGUUUUUUAUUCAAUUCUAUUAGUGUUCCGACAAUCCAGAGUAUUCCAAACAGUAAAUGGAGCAGACUGUAGGAGCGCAUCUACUGUGGUGUCUAUACCAUAGAACAGUCCAACUUAUUCUCUAAUAAAGAGUUCUUGGAAUUUGUUACUUCUUAGAUAGAUUGAGUGGCAUGAAAUUGUCUAUUUAUAAUUUACAUACUGUGUUGAUUUGGCACUGGUUUUCAUAUCUCAAUAUCUGGCAUUCAUACAACAUAUAAUAUUUUCAGAAACCGUAAAAUUAGUAUUCAUUACUCAGUUUCUAUUUUUAGCCAUGAUUCCUAGGCAGGUUAAUUAAAAUGCAAAUUAGAGCAUGUACAUGCAGGUGCAAAUUAAAUUCUUUUUGCUAAAAUAAAUGAUAAGUAUAAAAGUCUAAAUGAGGAAGAAUCGUAUGUGGCAAAAUUGAAUGAUAUUGCAUUUGGAGGUGUCUGAUGUAUGUACAUGUAUGUGUAAUGUCAUGUGGAUAUAAAUCUAUGUUUCAAAAAGUUGAGUUCAAUAUAAAUUAAAUUUCCAAGUUUACAGGUAGGAAGAGUCAUUGUUCUCCAGUCCUAGACCAUACAAAAUUAUAAAACUGAUGUUUUAAAGACUGAUUUACACUACACAACUUUUGCCUAAAACUGUUGCAUGCAACCUGCUUGCAACUUGAGUUGUACUAGCUGUGUAAAUCAAGCACACAACUGACUUACAACAACAUAGGCAAGUUGUGUGCUUGAUUUACAUGCACAGCUAUAGUACAACUCAAGUUGCAAGCAGGUUGCAUGUAACAGUUUUAGGCAAAAAUUGUGUUUUAAUUUGUAUCCUUUGUACCCUUUAAUUGUGGGGUAGCAAGUGACUCGUUAGAUUAAUCUGCUAAAUGUUGUUGCUUGAUAUAGUGAUCGACCUCAGUGAAAAUUAGGAAACAUUAAUUACCAAAAACAAUGUGCCGCCCUGUAUUUCAUCUAAAUUGACUGCUAUAUAGCUUUAUUGAUGAAACCAAUCACCAAACAUUUGUCCUUAAAUGACAGUGCUGUCAUGUAAGGGCGUCUAAGCCACUAGAUCAAUACACCUUUUUGGAAAGUAUCUCACUUAGGUCCAGUAUGUCGUACUUAUGGUCCAGUACUUAAUAUAUUGGUCCUAUAGCCACUAGUAUUUGUUAAUAAAUGGACCUAGAAAUGCAUGUUGGUCAAACAUUUGUCCUUUGACAGUGCUGUCAUGUAAAGGCUUCCAAGCCGCUAGGUCUGGAAAGUAUGUCACUCUGGCUAUACUCUGAGCCUUGCUUGCGUGUAUGUGACAUUGGAUAAAGCCAGCGUCAUAAUAAAAAUGAGGCUCUAUAGCCAAGAUGGCUGCAUACUUUGCAGAAGUGUGUAGUGAGUGCAUUACACUAUUUUAAACUGUAACAUCAAAAAUGUAAUACUGUAUAAUGAUGAAAUUAUUCUAUUUGCAUAUACUUAACCCGAUAAAGACUCUUUGGCUUUGCUCUGUGCUAAGUUGAACCAUUUUUGCUCGAGCUGACGGUAUGACUGAUUAGUAAAGUGACCAUUUUUGUGUACUCACUCUCCUUUUAUAAUAUUAGAAGCUCUUUUAAAUUCCCAGAAGUAGGUUAUUUAUUCACAAAAGCAUAUUAUAAUGAAUGUUCUGUGGUUACGUGUGCAGCGCCGGGCAGGGUCUAUUAGAACAAUCUUCUGAAUUCAGUAUCUACUCUUUACCAAAAAUACUUCAUAAUUUCUAUGCAUCUCAAAAUUUCUAUGCAUCUCAUAAUUUCUAUGCAUCUCAUUUUUCACAUUGCCACCUGCAUUAGCUAUUUCAAAUUUGCAUUUUUAUGUUAGUUAAAAAUAAUUCAUACAUACAUGCAGUCUUGCAUGCAAGUACAUGCUUACUUUUAACAGAUGGUAUGAUUAGAAAUUCAUCCUUCACACUGAUCCAGAACACUUACACUAGCUUGCAUGUCAAUAUAUGCAGUGUUUCAUAAACGAUCAAAUUUGAAGCUGCCAUAGUCUUUCAUAUUAUUAUAAUUGCUCAUAUCAUGUGUAAAAAAUAUUUUUGUUAAUACAAUUGUACCUAUAGCAGCAUGUGGAUAUAGUAUAUGCUCUUUAAGUGACUGGCCUAUUUUGAAAUGAAUAUUCUACAAAUUUAUUCAGAUUUUUCUGAGUGUGUUAAGAUAACUCAGACAAUUUUUGGGAUGACAAGCAUAUAAUAAUUAUACUCUCAGUAUUGAUAAGGAAUAAAUGGGGCUCAUUAUUGAGGAAAGUAAAAUAAGUUAAGAUGACGUUCAUAAUAAUAUAUUUUAAUUAUUACUUCUAUAAAAUGUUGUCUUCAAGAUUAAGGUGUGUAUUUAACUACUAUGUCUAUGACAUCAUGCUACAUACUAUAUUCAUUAAAAAUAAUGAAUAUAGCACAUAGUGUUAAAAAUUCUGUUCAAUUAUUUAUAAUUUUGUAAUUUGAGAAUGUUUUCUUUUACUGUAGAAUCUUGGCCGAAGUGAAUGUCUUAUGUACGUCAGAGCAAGGAGCUGAAUGGGUGCCGUUAAUUGACAGUCUUAUUCCAAUUGAUGCAACAAAUACUCAGGUAAGUCAUAUUUUACUGGUCUUCUAUGUAUCUGUAGCACACUGUGGUUAGAGCUUGUGUAUUAGAGGUGUGCAAAUCCGAUCCGAAACCGAUCCGAUCGGAUUCGUUCGGAUUUCGGAACCAAAAUAUUCAUAUCGGAUCGGACGCGUUAUAUACAUGUUAUUUUAUAAUUCGAUAUCCGAAAUAAAAUGAAUUAGUUGUCCACGUAUUGCAAGAAUUAAUUAUCCAUGCAUUUAUCAAAGCAUUAUCGCCGUUGUCGCUGCAGUAUUCGUUUGAUACUGUACUUCAAUUCGACGUCACUUUGUCAGCUUCUUGACAUGUAUUUCUUGCUUUUAUAUUUAUUUGGUUAAAUAUUUCAACUUGAAUGAGAAAUUUAUUUUAUUAAUGAAUUCUUCGGAUUGGAAUUCUUUAUCAAAACUCGGAUCGGAUUCGGAUUAGACAAUUUCGGAUCGGAUUUUAAACAUUAGGCAAUUGUAAACGUCCAAUGGACCACUUGGGAGAAGAAAUGACAUAAUAUACUCCUGUUCAUCCAAAUCUAUUUCAAAUUAUUUUUCAGGAUAUUGCAAGUGGAACUUCCGUUAUUCAUCUUGGUGCUGAUGGUGGUGAAGAAACCUCGUUAGAUUUACAGAUUACCUUAUCUGGUUAGAUUUCUUCACUAUUCUUCAAUCUUCAUCAUUGUUAGGGUUGGCUGCUCUGAUAUUCACGCAUCCUCUGAUCUCUUAUCCCAGGUCACGUUUUCUGUCUUGCAACUAUUUGUCAUAAUAUUCUUCUAUUAGAUGUCAUAACGCUAUCUCGACCUUCAUUUUAGGUUAACCUCCGAUAAGCUAACUGGCUUUUCAACAACCAGGCCCCAGAUAGAUGAGUUUUGUUCAUAUUUCUGUUUUGUAGAAAGCAAAUUGAAGAAAUGUUCAGAAUGUUUUGUGAGAUGGAAAGAUGUACAAAAUGGUUAGUUUCAUCCUCUUCAUAUCGAUAUACCAAGGCGGCAGAAUUGCAAUUCAUUUUUAUUGGAGUAAUAUCAAUUUCGCGUUUACUUUAGGAAAAGUCUGGGGAUUGAACUUCUUGUCAGAGCAGGAAGCCCUUGAGUUUAUGUCAUUUUGUGAGGUCAGUAAAAUUUUUGUAACUUGACUAAUUAGAUUGAAGUUUACAUUAUAACAUCUUUCUAAUUUGACUUUUUAAUAAGGAUAAUAUACUACGUAUAUACCGUAGGAGGUGUAAUUGGUCUGAUCGUCUCUUUAAAUAAUGGUGACAUCAUCUCCGGACCAGGUGUACAUGACGCUGGGAGUCAUCAUGCAUAGUCUAAUUGUGAUUAAAUUGUAGUCAAACGUCUGUGAAGUUACACGAGUUGUUUCAGCAUUUUUACGUUGCAACGUAAUAUUUUAAUAUUGACAGGUAAUAGAAAGAGUAGCCAAGAAAGCGCGUGGUUCCACGAGUCUUACAGCAAGACCACAAUGUCAAAUAUUUUUUAUGAAUAUAAGGAUUUAUAUCGGAUUAUAUUUAUGGAUUAUAUUUAUCCAUAUAUAUUAGUCAUCACGGAGACAGCAAACUUUUGACAACAAAUAUUUGGCGUCUUGUUUAAUAUUCAAAUUGGUCUGCAUUAAUGUCGGCGAUAUUGUGCGAGCGGUCUUUGACAUCCGAACUAAUUAAUCAGGAUCAUUGUUCCAAAAAUCAUAAGUCAUCACAAUAUAUAGAUUUUUAAUAUAAAGCACAAAUAGGUUUCUUAAAUCCGCUAUAUUAAUAGCGAUGACGGCUUGUCCUAGUAUAUAUUAGUUGUGUUUGCCGUUAUUUCUUCAAAUAUCUUUAAGGAUUUUGACCGUCGCAUAUACUUGUGAGAAGUUUGAUUAAUAAAUAUGUACGUGGCAUAGAUUUUUGUAAGCGAUAAGCAGGUUGCCAGACGUUGCCUCGUAUCAUUCGGCUAAGGUGAGAUUCAUUGGAAUUAUCUGAUCAUCGUGUAAGUAGACAUUAUAUAGUUUAUGUCUUAAUCCAGUUAACUCGGCUGUUGGAUGACCACGAUCUCUUGGCUUUAAGCCGGAGUUUACCUGGGAUGUACCUGUGUCCCAACCAAAUACGCUGUCGACAGUCAUCCGCUUAUAUCGCAAUCCGCGUUACUUUCCGGUGGUUUCCAAUUUGAGACAAUAAGUGAAUUUCAAGUUUUCUGCAAAGGAGCGACAACAUUUUUUGAACUAAACAGCAUUUUUUGUACGGUUAUCCGGUACGUUUUUCGAACCCAUGACCUCAGGCUACGUUGACACACUAAAAGUACUUGUCCGAUACGGAAUGUACAACUUUCCGAAGCUGAGCGAAACAACAUUUCUCUGUUGCAAUAAUUCAUCUGAAAAUAGCGUUCCUAAAAGGUAUGGAUAGGUGUUUUUCAUAUCACUACGAAAAACUAUCAGGAACAGUGUAAACGUUGCCUUCUGUACCAGGUCGAUCACAAGUGUUGCUUAGGUUUUUUUCGCGAAAAUGCAACUAUAGAUCGACGUUGUGAUUUUAGUGUAACGCUGUCAGAUUGCUAAGAUGAGAUUGUAUUCUUUUUCAGGAUUCUUGUUGUAACGUUUCUUCUGGUGCUAGUAGCCAAUCGUUCAACAGAAAAUCCACAAGUUCCCUGAGUUCUUCUUUGAAUCAAAGAGAUUUUCCUCCAAAAGCCAGUUAUUCGCCAAGACAACCCCCCGGGCAAGAUACAAAUAUGCCUCAGGGUGAGGCAAUUUUCAAAAAUAACCGGGGAAGAAGGUUUCCAGGAAAGACGGAGUGUACGGACAGCGGUGUUGGUGAGGAUGAGGUGCAGGAGACGGCCCAAGAUGAUUUUAAUUUUACGGAAUUCAAUUAUUUCCGAGAAAUGGAGAUAUUCCAUAGUGCUGUCAACGAGAAAUACGUGAGUAGUAGAUUAGAUAUAUGGUUUGAUUGCAAUUAGAAUAAGAGUCGAUGAGGGUUAGCAAGGAAGAGUUAUAGAAACUAAUGUCAUUACUAUGAUGCUUGUGAUGUUACUCUGUGAUGAAUUCGAUUCCACGGUGGGAAUCGAACCUACGACCUUUGGAAUACUAGCCCAAUGCUCUGCCAACUGAGCUACGCGGUCAGGUCGGUUCGAGUAUGUGAUAUUUCGGAACCGAGUCUACUUCCUUCGAUAUCAAUGUAAUCUAGUAAUCAUGAUAUUUCUGUGUUGGUAAUGUCAUUACUUAUAUUCUAGUUAUCCAAAGACAAGGCGAGAAAGCUUAAAUUCAUACUAUAUGUAUUAUUCCAUAUUAUUGCAUUGAUUCAGUCAGAUAUUAUCAUAGUGAAGAUGAUAUAUUUCUGUGUUGGUAAUGUCAUUAUAUAUAUUUUAGUUAUCCAAAGACAAGGCGAGAAUUGAGGAUGAAAACAUUAACAGAGCAGCGGACACAUCUUCAGGAGGUCUGCGUAGAUCUGGAUGGUUAUCUAUGAAACAUAUCUUAAUAUGUGGUCGUAAUGGGCGAGUCGAGCAAGCCAGCCAUAGAAAAUGGAAAAACUACUGGGUGAUAUUGAAAGAUAAUGAAUUGAACUUGUACCAAUGUGAUGAGAAAGAUGUAGGGUCUAUUGAUAUGAACACUCCUAGUGUUGUAGUGAAGGUGGAUGGAUGUCUUGCACAAGCAAUUCCAGAACAUGUUAAGUUAGAGAAUGUGUUUGGUUUAAGUACGAAGUAUGGUGAUGCGUUUUAUUUCCAGGUACGUUUUACACUUUUCUAAUUGCCGAAGAAAUUAAUUUUUUAAAGAGAAUAAGGUACAUGGUGUUAUAUUUAUACUUUGUAAAACUGUUAGUCUGUGGCAGUGAUUAUCUUGGUUGAAAUAAUUUCUGGGAGAAAAAAGAAUGACAACUGUUUGUCGUAUCGGUUUAUAAACUUUCAGAUCAGGGUGAUUCCAGCAAAAGACGAAAUUUUGAUCUAGACAAGAACAAUGAAAUCCAUUACCAUAGCUGGAAAGAGCAUCUUAAAAUGAGUAAAAUUGCAAAGUUUGGUUGCGAAAUGUUGUAAAAUGAGCAAAAUAUAGCCCUGUGAAGUUCGCAAAUUUUGUAUAUAUUUGCAUUACGCGCGGGAAAGAUAACCAUUUUUGAGCCGAAAGUGGUUAUUUUUACCGCGCGUAAUACAAAUAUAUACAAAAUUUGCGAACUUCACAGGGCUAUAUUUUCUUCAUUUUACACCAUUUAGCAACCAAUCUUUGCAGUUUUACUCAUUCUAAGACGUUCUUUCUAGCUGUGGUGUUGGAUCUCUUCUUGCCUUGAUCAAAAUUUAGUCUAAAGCUGGAAUCACCCAUUUAAUGACCUAUCUUAGGGUUCAAGUCAAUCAGAAGUCGAAGGUUGGAUAUCCAGUCUUCAUUCAACCUCUGCAGUGCAGUUUGUCGGCAGUCGUGGUAAAGAACAGACGAGAUGGUUGUUAACUUCGAAGCUGGAGAAAAUUCAAGAGAACAUCGAGUCAGAUUGCAAGUUGAAGAAAAUGGCGGAGUUACAGUUGACUGUCGUUACAGAUAGCAAGAAUAAACAAGUUAUUACUGAACAGGUAAAGUGUGGGUAAUACAGCGGAACCCCGCCUGACGGCCACCCCGGCCAUGACCGUAGCUAGACCGAUAAUUGGGGGGGGGGGUGCAUAUUCAUAUAUUCGUGUUCUGCCCGACGGAUUUCUUUUGAUAGCGAUUGUUUUUACGGUAUGUGAACAUGAAUAUACACCCCCUCCCCCAAUUAUCGCGUCUAGCUACGGCCCUGACCCCGGCUCCCGUUAAUACAGUCGCCUCUUUAUUACGGCCACUUAUUAUUGUCCCCGAAAGACGCCAAGACCUGAAUACAUUUUCUUAUGAAGACACCCCAUUAAUACGGCGAAAAUUUUCCGGCCCACCCUUGGCCGUAUUAACGGAGUUCCACUGUGCGUUCAAAUGUGUUAAAAACAACUUUGGCAUAAUUAUAGAUAACUAAUAUUUAUCAAAGUUGCCGUUUGAACUGUUUAACAUCACUUUACUGAUUUCUAACAUCUUCUCUUCUAAGUUCUUUGUAUAUGUUUGCAUGGCGAUAAAACAUAUAAUAGUUUUGUUUGUGGAAACACCACGUAAAUUUAUUACUGCAGUAAUAAAUUUACGUGGUGUUUCCACAAACAAAACUAUUAUCUUCUCUUCUCCUUGAAUUUCCUGAUACAUUUGCCUUGAAAGUCCUUGAAAAGUCCAUGAAUUUUACUCUUCUUGACCUGUACGAACCCUGAUGAUCAGCGCUACGUACACUGGCACAGAUCAUUCAACGAAUGUUGCCCAUCUUUCUUUUCAGAUUUCAAAGUGGGAACAAAAUUUCGAGAAACUGAGCUUAGAAUUGUAUAAACUUCAGUGUUAUCUAUCAGCUGUGUCAGGCUGUUCACCACCCAGUCCUCAGCAUGUCCUGGCAUCAGCUUCAAAGACCACCAAGCAAAACAUGUCUCGACUUGGCGUCUUCUCAGUCACUUCAUUUCAUUCGUUAGUUUGCUGUCGUGAAAAUGGCGGUACACAUUUGGGAACUGGAGUUAAAGUGAAACGCUCAAAAAGCGGCGCAGGUAAGAAAUAAGCUCUUAUAUGAUUACCAUUAGCAGUUCUAUAGCGUAAAUUUACAUGUACAUAUGAUCAAAUGUGCUUUACAUCAAGUAAUACGCUUAUAUUAAUUACAUAUAUUAGCGUAUACGGCUAAAAACGCACAGGUUGUUCCAAGUUGAUAUUGACAGGCGUGAACAUUAGCUUCCCAUUCUCUCGUGCCCGCGAAUACCGCCUGCUACGCAGGCUAGCGUGAACAAUGUUGUGCGGCCAACUAUGAACAAGUUGUCAUCCAUGUUGUUCCAAGUUGUUACAGUUGAACAAUGCUGUAACAACAUGUUGACAAUACUGUUCAUAGUGGGCCGCACAACCUUGUUCACGCCUGUUGAUAUCAACCUGGAACAAUUUUUACGCGUGUAGACUAUUUUAUCUUUACAACAAUUGUGGUAUUGCUUUCUUAAUAAACUGUGUUUAUCCUAAAGCCCAGGUCGCAUUGCACAACGAUAACGAUACAAUAACUUGUAUACCAUUACGCGCGCUGAUUGGUCAAAAAUUUAUCGUUAUCGUCCGACUGAAAAAAAAUCGCUUGGGUGAGCGAUUUUAGAAUCGUUAUCGUCAAACGAUAAUUUUGUCAUUUUCGUUGUAGUGUCGACACUAACAUAAUUUUUUCACCAAUCAUCGCGUGUUUACAAGUUAUCGUAUCGUUACCGUUGUGUAGUGUGACCGGGCCUUAACCAUAGAAAUAAUAGACAACUGAAAACUUUAUAGUUUUCGCUUUGUUUAUAGUUUGUAGUUUGCACUCCUAAUCAAAUUCAACAUGGCGGAUUUAUAAGGGCAUUUUUGUUUUCAAUUUGGAUACCGGUCACGUGACCAAGCACGCAUUCUAGGUCUAAUAUUUCUAUGGCCUUAAUCCACCCUGUCAACUUUCCCUGUGGGAGGAAACCAGAGCAUCUGGAGAAUACUCACGAUUUUCGACAGAGCGUUGACUGACUCUUUUCACAUAAGUCCGUAGCGAGAAUCCAACUCACGAACUCAGAGGCGAAAGACGCUUGCUCUGUCGACUAUGCCAGGGAUAAGAAUCAGCAUGCUAAGCGCAUCUUGCACCUCUUAUAGAAAGAGUAAUCAUUUCUAUUACUAGGUUAUGGUCGGUUGAAAUCUGCUCUAAUGUCCUCCCUAAAGAUCACGGACUCUUCAACCGCUUCAAAAGUGCGUGAACAGCACUCUCCAAAACUCGCACGCAACGAAAACGAGGCAGACGCAAGAGAUGAUAUUUCUAUGGUCUCAGAUAUGUCAGACUGGAAACAGAUGGGGAAUUUCUUACGUGUUGAGUUACCGGGACAUGGCAGCACAGUGGUUUCAAUGAAAGAAGAUAUGACUUUUCAGGAUGUGGUGCUCGCCGUGACAAGCAAAAGGCAGUUGGACCCCGAGAUGUAUUUUAUAAUGUUUGGUGUUGAAAAGCGGUCGCAAAUUGGUAAUUUUUAUGAAAUUUUUCAUCCAUUUAGUUUUCAAUUUUUCAAAAAAAGAAAUUGCCAGGUAGCUGGUGUUUAUAACAUGUUGAUUUAAUGUUUAUGUAGAAUAUUACACCCCUCAAGAACAAACCUUCAUUGAGGAUCAGGUAAAUGAUUGAAUGCCGUGUUUAGUUUAAUCCAUGUUCGUGCAUUACCAACCAACCUUCAUUCAAACAUUUGUUAACCAUUCUUAUACAGUGAAAAUCCACAUAUAUCACUGAUGCAACAACAUUUAUUAUAAUAUAGCAUUUGUAAAUUCUGAACGCUGAUUGGCUAAGAGCCGUGUUGAUAUAACCCAAUGUCAACACGGAAACGUCGGAAAAUUUCUUAGUUCUCUAUAUUUCUUUGUGCUAUAUUAUAAAACAAAUAUAAAACAUUUUUUCCGUAUUCAGGAUAUACAGUUAUAUCAACACUCGUGGAAAAUGGGAGAACUCGAAAUUGUGUGAAAACAUUCCGCCCUUCGGGCGUCAUGUUUCCACACAAUUUCUCGUUUUCCCAAUUUCCACUCGUGUUGAUAUAACUGUAUAUCAACACGGAAAAUGUUUUAUAUUUUUUCUGUGUUGGUGUAUUUGUUAACUCAUGCAUGGUUUUUGUUCAAUAUAGAAGUUCGGUGUUCUCAAAUUGUGCAAGAAGAGCGAAUAUACUGUACAAUUAACUAAAACAAAUGAAAAUUGUGAUAUAAAUUAUGGUAGGUGGUGUUUAUUCUUCUCAUUAUAUGCAUACAGUUGGCUUAAAACCUAUAGCACAGUGGCGCCGCCAGUUCGAUAAUUGGGGGGGGGGCGAAUAUUCAUAUAUUUGUGUUCACAGACCAUAAAAACAAUCGAUUUCAAAAAAAGUUAAUAAUGCAGAACACGAAGAUAUGAAUAUUCGCCCCCCCCCCCUCCCCAAUUAUCGAGCUGGCGGCGCCACUGCUAUAGUAACACCCAUUGGCGAGAUUUCCUCUUGUUGGAACACUCAAUGAAACAGGGAUGAAUAGUCCUUGGCGAUAAAAUCAGAUGAAUAAUUUUUGUUAUAUAUUGUAGGUUUAUCACUCAAGGUGGAAAAUGAUCAAAUGAUUGUGAGUCGUGUUCUGGAUGGCAGUGCAGGCUAUUUAAGUGGUACAAAAUUGAUCGAAAUGCUUUGCCGUGUAUUUAAUUGUAUUGCCGUAUUUUCUAUUACAGUAUGAGUUAUAUGUUCUGUUCAUCUGGUUACUUAGGUAUUCUUGAAGGAGAUGAAAUUUUGUCUGUUAACAACAUCGAUAUUGAACAAGCUAAAGAUGACAUUGUGGAUUUACAGAAUGCUCUUGCAGGUAUAUCAUGUAGCAGAAACCAUUAAGUGAUUAAAAUCAGCUAUAACCUGCUUUUGAAGUUUUUAAACCUAUCAAGUUGGGCUCUCCAUAAUGGUGGGUUGUCCAGAUCCCCAGUGCACUGUAUGUUUAAAUAUAUGUCGUAUUUUCUGUUCUAGAGCCAUUCAUAAGUCUAAGACUACGUUCUCUAAGGGAAGAAGUUCCAGAACAAAUACGAAAAACAACUGAAAGUUUCAUUAGUACUCUGGUUUGCCCACCUCCACCGAGAACAAGGUAUCAUGUGACGUGGUUUUAAUCCGUGUAAUUGCCAUUUAUGACUAGCUCAAUCUCGUUCCCCGAGCCUGCGAUCCUCGGGAAGGAACGCGAGGCUCUGGGAUAAUCCGUUUCAGGGAGGAAUCUGAUUGGCCGUUGAAAUGGUAUGCGUAGUUCUGUCUUAGCCAGGAUUCCUGGCUUCCGGCAACGGAUUAUCCCAGAGCCUCACGUUCCUUCCCAAGGAUCGCAGGCUCGGGCAACGAGAUUGACCUGAGCUUUUCUCAUUGCAAGGAAGAAGAGCGAAUCCAGCCUUACCUUAAGGAGUGGGUGAAGAGAAAUUUGGCGUGCUUCAUUUUAUGAAAUGUAUUUUAUUUUUAGUUCGUCGGAGUAUCUCGAUCUUGCUGAACUUAUUGUUCCUCCACCUGAAUUAGGUAAGCAAUCUAGUUGACAAUUUAUGAUUUUAGGAAGCCGAAAGGGUUAAUUUGAAUGGUUGUGAAAUUUUUAGCUUGUGUUGUUUUCAGAUGAUAUCAGCGGUGUAAAAGAAAAUCCUGCUCGUAAUUCUUGUCUGGUGGAAGACGAUGGAGUGUCUGUGAAUGUAUUGUUGCAGGUAAGUACGCAUCUGAUUGGUUAAUCGGAUAUAUCAAACGCAUCUGAUUGGUUAAUCGGAUAUAUCAAGCCCAUCUAAUUGGUUAAUCGGAUAUAUCAAACCCAUCUGAUUGGUUAAUCGGAUAUAUCAAACGCAUCUGAUUGGUUAAUCGGAUAUAUCAAACGCAUCUGAUUGGUUAAUGGUCCCUUAAUGGUAGCGGUAGUAGAAGUCAAAUCUAAACCUCUAUUUAUUUGACGAGAUGUCUUGGGGUCAUCAUAAUUAUAUAAAAAUAGUUUACUGUGUACAAUGAACGAAAGUUGUGUAUAUUUAACAGAGUGCUGAAGAAGUGACAACGUUUUGUCGUCAGCAUGACUUCUUACGUGAAAUUGAGAAACACACAGAGCUAUCUGAUGCUGAGAAACUUCGAAGAAUUAUUUCAGAACUUGUUGAUACUGAAAAGAAUUACUUGAAGGUUCGUAGAAAUACUUAUAAUGUUCAGUGAGAAGCCAACUUUGCCAAACUUGUUGUUGUUGUUGUUGUUGUUGUUGUUGUUGUUGUUGUUGUUGUUGUUGUUGUUGUUGUUGUUGUUGUUGUUGUUGUUGUUGUUGUUGUUGUUGUUGUUGUUGUUGUUGUUGUUGUUGUUGUUGUUGUUGUUGUUGCUGUUGCUGUUGUUGUUGUUGUUGUUGUUGUUGUUGUUGUUGUUGUUGUUGUUGUUGUUGUUGUUGUUGUUGUUGUUGUUGUUGUUGUUGUUGUUGUUGUUGUUGUUGUUGUUGUUGUUGUUGUUGUUGUUGAAGCAUCACCAACUUUUAUAACAUUGACCAUCAGAUAAUCAAAUCAAUGGAAGUUUUACUUGAAUUAUUUCUCUUUAGGAUGUCCAGACAUUGUUGAAACGAUACUUGGAACCUUUAAGACAUGAAAAAUUUUUACCAACGGAAGAGGUGCGAAUGCUUUCAACUUUGCUAUCACAUUUUUUCAAACUUGGUACAAGGAUUAUUCUUUAUUUACAGGUCAAUUCUUUGGCAGAAAAUGUUUCUCAGAUACUUGACUUCCAGAGUAGUUUUUGUUGUGAAAUACAGCAACUGAUUGACUGUGAAGAAGAUUUCAAAAAUAUCAAUGAAGUUGGUUUGUUUCAGGUGCGUUUCAUGGAAAUUUGUGCCGGUUAUACAUGGAUGAAUUGUCCCAGUUUUGCUUUUGUUUGAGGCGUGUGGGUUAAUCUUAAAGUUUAUAUCAUUCCGGUUCUUAUUUAGAAUGUAAUAUAUGGGGUAGGAGAAGCAUUUUUACAAUACGCAGACAAGUUUAAAUUGUACAGUUCAUUUUGCGUUACUCAUUCAAGAAUCAUACAUAUGCUUCAACCAGGUAUUUAAUUUUUGUUUGUUUGUUUGUUUGUUUGUUUGUUUGUUUGUUUGUUUGUUUGUUUGUUUGUUUGUUUGUUUGUUUGUUUGUUUGUUUGUUUGUUUGUUUGUUUGUUUGAAUAAAUUCAUCUGAUUGGACUAUUCACAUUGUCAUCCCGCAGUUAAAAGCGUUGAAUAAUGGGAUUUCAAAUUGUUUAUAUUUCUUCAUUAGGUUCGAAUGAUGCGUUGGAAGAAUUCUUAAAUGCAAGAAAUCCGAAACAACAACAUUCAAGUAAACUGGAAUCUUAUCUAAUCAAACCAAUACAGGUAUUCAUGAAUAACGUAAAUAUAUCUUUUCCAGUACUUUGAGGAGUUUUUUUUAUUUUAAAAAUUGUUUGUUUCGUAGCGAGUAUUGAAGUAUCCUUUGCUGUUGAACGGCAUGUCGAAAUUGUUGGAUAAAGAGAGCGAUGAAUAUACCUGUCUAAGUGGUGAGUGUAAUAGUUUUAUUUUUAAUUUAAUAUACUUGACUGGAUCAAACUACAGGAUUUUUAUUUUUUGACUGCAGAAGCCAUAAAUGCGUUGGAAAAUGUGGCGGAGCAUAUCAAUGAGAUGCAAAAUAUCACAGAGAAGUUUCUUCCUAUUUUUCAAGAGUUGGCGAGUGUCACUCCAGGUGUUAAUGUGAGUACAACUGUUUUGUGAGAGGAGUCAAAACGCCCUUUUCAAAUAGCAAAACGUCCUUUUCAAAUAGCAAAACACCCUUCUCAAAUAGCAAAACACCCUUUUCAAAUAGUAAAACACCCUUUUCAAAUAGCAAAACGCCCUUUUCAAGUUGUGUGCUUGAUUUACAUUGUACGCGCGAGUUGUGUGCUUGAUUUACACAGUACAACCCAAGUUGUAGAUUUCAUGACAAACGCCAAACUAACAUAAACUUUUAACAUGCAGGUAUCAGAUGUUGACGUCGAUAAACUUGUUCUUCAUCAGAAAGUCACGUGGUUAAACUCGCCAGAAACAAUGAAAGCUAGCAGUCUGCGAUGGAGUCCAGCUCCCUUACGGAAAAUGAAAAAUGAAACAAGUGUACGAUGUUUUGGUAUGUAUGUGUGGAUUUUUUUUAGAUUUUUUUAUAUAUAGUAUAGUUUGGUGCGUUCAUACCUUAGUUGUUGUUGUAUCUCAUCAAACGGGGGCCUUAGCUUUUUAUGUCUACCCCAUAUUUAUCAUUGCAUAUCUUGCCUUUUUAAAGCAUACCAUACCACACCAUACCAUGACUAAAUCAUACUAUACUAUACCAUACCAUACCAGUCACCAUCGAACCAUACCAAAUCAUACCACACCAUACUUUCAUUUAUAUGAUACCAGUGUCCUUUUCGGGCUGAUUAAUUUCAGCAAAUAUAGAAUAAAAGUUAUUCCGAAUAAGGAGUGCAUAAUAAUAACACAGUGCAUAUAAAAACAGUUUUUAUAAAUUGUGUGUUAUUAUUAUGCACUCCUUAUUCGGAAUAACUUUUAUUCUCUAUUGCAGUGUCCCCAUCCCAUAAUCUUCCAGUCUUGCCUGCCUUCUCUCCAUGUCAAACGACCUACCAUCCCUGAUGCCAUAUACUAAACCAUACAUGGUAUAGUCUACUUAUAUACCUAUCGUUCAUACUUGAAUAACCAAAUUGCGAAUAUUUUAGUGUUUCCAAAAGCAGUCAUUUUAAUCCAAUUAGAGAGACGACAAAAGAAACGAGAUAAGGUACUGUAAAUAAACCUCACUACAUCGUGGUAAAAUUCAGCAACAUAUACAGUGAACUUACCUUUCAUUUAUUUUAGUCUUUCAAAGGGUCUUUAAAAGUAUCAGAGGAAAUUAAUUUCAAAACACUGAUACCAAUGUCGUCUUUAACACUACGAGACAAUUCUUGGUGUGACAAAGGUAAGCGUCUUGACAGUAUCCAUGCAGCAUCGUUGCAGUAUUUUGAUUCAUUGAUAUUUGAGAAUGACAACGUAUUUUGUUGUAGAUUUAUUUAGUGCUUGGGAAUUAGUUGAUGUGUCAGGCCCAAGAGAUGGAAAUGGGCAACAAGAGACUUUGUAUCUUUUGUCAAGCGGGUGUGUAAUACGCAUUUAUUUAUAUAGACUACGUUUACACUAUCACCGAAUAGGUUUCCGUAUAGUAGCAUGAAAAAGCACCUAUCCCAUAGCGAAUGUACAACUUUCAGAAGCUGAGCGAAACAACAUCUCUCCGUUGCAAUAAUUCCUCUGAAAAUAACGUUCCUAAAAGGUAUGGAUAUAGCUGGUUUUUUCAGGUCGCUACAGCCGUAAACGUAGCCUUAGUUCUGGUAAUUUCCAACAACACUACCUGUACUUCCGCAUCCUUAUUACUACUUUCGCCAAUGAACUCAUCAGAUGGGUCGUUUUUUAAGCCAUUUAAAACAUUCGCAGUUCGUGCUUUAUCAGAUAUAAAAACUGAACACUUGAGUUGCGCUCUCGUGUUUUAAAUAGUACGUAACGUAUGUACAUACAUGUAUUUAGAAAUUCCGAAGAAAGAAACGAGACGGUUCGUGCAAUAAAAGAUGCGGUACGAGACAGUAUGUUGGAGGACUCAAACUAUUUAUCUCGCCGUAAACCAUCUAUAACAAGUAUUUUAUCUACAACUUCUAUACAUCUUGCAUUUCCCAGUGAUCCAGCUUACCUACGUAGUAGGUCAUUCAGCGAGUCAAGGCGAGCGAAGAGCAAGAGCCUUGGCCGACAAUAUUCUGCUGUUGAAGUUGAGAUGUUUAGAGAAGAUCGACGGUGAUAUUGGGCGUAUAAAGAUCUGGAUCUAUUGGUCUAGAUUGGUAUUUAUUGGUAUACGAGCUAGUGGAAGUACAAGCAAGUGCAACGCAGCUGCAUUUUUUUUUCAGUUUUUUUGGUUCAACUAAGAAGUCUUUCCUACAAGGGAUUUUGAAUUUGGACAGUUUUGUACACAUUUUAUCCCAGUACCAUAUACCAUGCGUACUUUCAACAGUACUGUAUCACAUCACACCAUGCCUACAAUGCCAUACCAAACCAUCCCAUAAUGUAUGUACCAUAUACAGUAGCACAAUAUAUAUACUAUAACAUACAUUCAUGCCAAACCAUAGCAUAUAAUGCCAUAUACAUAUCACACCAUACACUAUACCAUACAUAUAUACCCUGCUAAUACAUGUAGCUUCUAGUUUGCACAAAUCGCAGCAGCAAAUAUGAAGGCAUAGGUUUUGCAUACAUAAUCCAUUAAUAAUGUGAAUAGUAUAUAAUAUACAUAUUUUAGUUAAACUAAAUAUAACAUGAAUUUUAGACAAUAUAUUUAAUCUAAUUUAUAAGUUAAUAAAAUAGAAUUUAGAGUCAAAUAAAUUCUCUUGCUAAUAUAUCUAGAAUAACAUGUACCAGCAAAACAGUUCAAAACACACUUAGAUUUAAUGUUUAUUAGACUUUCCAUAUUGAUUAGACAGUUGUCGUAUUUCCUGGGGUUCCAAAUUUGAAAAUGAUUGAAUCUUUUGUCCUAUCUUGGUGCUGACACCACCAGUAAAUUGCUUUCACUUCAGUGCCUUCUGCCUUGACUUCUGUUGCUAUCCCAUUGCAAAUAAACCAGUAAAAUGCCAAUUUCCAGUUUGUGGUCGGGUUUUUGAUAUUAUGUCUUCUCUUCAGACACUAACUUGGUGCUACCACUACAUUUAUUAGUGCUCACCAUGCAAUGAAUAUUGAGCUAAUAAUACCUGUUGUAGUGUCAUUUCUUAGUUUGCUUUGGAAUCAGGUUUUCGUGUUUGAACCAUGUGUCUUGGUAAACUGCGCAUUGGCCGUUCUUUGCUUCCCUCUGCAUCAUCAUCAUCACACCAAUGAAUGGUGAUACUCGGUUGGUUGCCUGUAGGUGGGUGGGCUUCAUAAGGUUCGUCAGGUUCAAGUUCAGCUAUGGCUGCCAGGAGCUCAUGGUUGAUGACAGGGGAUCCUUCUGUGAUUGGUUUCCAGUUGACAGGUGGGGAGGCAGGGGGUGAGAUCAAGAAUUGUUUGACAGGUGGGGGAAGUUGGAGAGUGCUCGACUGUGAUAUGUUAGUGAUACGGGGUACCUGGCAAAAGGUACAAAGAUGAGUGCUGCAAUGAAAGGGGGGGGGGGGACAAAUUGCUAUAAUUGGAUUGCUUCAAGAAGUUGCACAUUUUUCAACUGAAGAUUGUGUGGUUCUGGAAUGUCAUGAAAAAAUGGGAAUUAGCCACCAAAUUGUAAAGGGAAAACAUAUUUCUUAAAGACACUUCAGAUUUCUUCCAUGAUCCAUACAUGCAUAUUUACAGAUUAGGCUAAAAGGACAAAAAGGGAAAAUAAGGCUUAGGAACUACAUUAGUGUCAGGAUAAGGAAUAGCUAGUUGACAUAAAAUUAUUUUACAUAAAGGACUAAUAUGAUAGGUAUCUGAAGUCACCGCUUCCUUCUACCUGUGUAAAAUAAACUCCUAACCGCUUUUCUUCCAAUGUAAAACCAUGGAGCUUAUCUUUUGCAUGAGUUGCAUCGUUUUCAUUAUGGUAAAUAACUCUUGCUCGACUGAAGCUUUUUAAGUAGAUUAUAGACAUGAUGUCACCAUGUUGUUUGAACAGUUCUUCAAAAACCUCCUGAAAAGACCAUACAGUAAAAUAGGUUGGUAUGGACUGAUACUUCUGGACAGGGAACAAUGUAUGAUCAAUCAUUAUAAACCCUUUAAAUGGCAAUGCAUCCUACUUUAUUAUUUUACUCUGUCUAAUGCCAGACGAUUUUACUUGUCAAGGGGGAGUGCUGCCCACUCAAUGGGUUAAGCUCCAGUUUGCAUAUAGGACCGCCCCAUGUUAUCUCGACCCACAAAAUUUAGCUGUAAUCAGAUACUGAAAGACUGGUGGUGAGACUUUCCUGGGGGGGGGGGGUGGCUUAAUUGUUGAUACUGAAUUAACAUUUGACAAAACAUAAAAAAAAAACAAUGCUAUCACUUAGUACAUUUUUCUAAACUUCGUAUUGCAAAGUUUCACUGCUUUAGAUUUCAAACUACCUUCACUUUGUCUGAGGUAAAAACACUGGCAGGGAUGUUUGUGACUGUCAAACAACUUCUCUCGGUACGAGUUGGUCUGUUCAUUUCUUCGCAAGUUUCAGCAACGGUCUCGUGACUUUCAUCAGUUGAAUGUGGGUCAACGUUGACUAACAUUUGGCCAGAUUCUUGUGGUUGUUUUUGGUUUGAGAGAUUUUAUAAUUUCUUCUGAAAAUUUGGACUUUUAAUCUGAUAUUUUAGGGAGCAAAACAAACAUGACUUCUUCUCGUACCAGGUUCCCAUAAGGGUGUUGCUCGGCCAUCAAGGUUCUGGAACUUCCCUUAAUCACAGAUUAGAGAUUACACUAAUCUAAUCUCUAAUCUGCUUAAUGUGGGAAAGAAACAAACAGUUUUCUGAUUAAAGUUUAAUUUACAAAGUUAAAAGGUUGAUCAAUGUUCUAUCAUGUCAUAGACUAAAUUUAGACUUUGUUUAUAACAGUUAAAAAACUACUAUAUGAAAUUAUUUCAAAGUGUUGAUUUUGUUAUGUUUAUGAAUACAAUGAAAUUUGAACUAUUUGAUUACAUUGAUUUGGUAGCAAAUUGAUAAGCGACCUUAUUUUCACAGUUUAUUAUAUUUAUCACUAUAUGUUUUAAUUGAUAUCCAUUUAAAUAUGUCUCACUGGAUUCUAUUGAAUCUAUAAAAGUGCAACAAAUUAGUAUUUUUCAAUGCCUAUCAUAAUGCCAGGGCUUGAAAUAACAUCAUCACCAAAGUUCUCAAUCAUGGUGAUCGGCAGUCAUGACUUUCCCUGCUUUUUUGCAAUCAUUAACAAUUUGGCUGUUAUUUCAAGCACUGUAAUGCCUUUCACUAAUUAUACAAGAAGGUGUAACAAGCUAAAGUUCAAUAACCUAGCCAAUCUUCCUGCAAGUAUUUUUCAACCUAGUUGCACCAGUUAUAGAAAUAGGUCCGUUGCCAUGAUGGCAGGUAUUCCAACAACGGUCGAAUGAUAACUGACACAAAUGGAACAUUAUCAGCAAGACCAUUUAAGACAAUCAAGAUCUUGCCCUUUGUAUGCUGAUCAUAAAAUGGAGAUCGCAACAAAUAAAACAACAUGAGAACAAAUCUUCGAGAAAUUUCAGUCUUUUCCAAAGCUGUCAACCGUGGGUUGUACUGAGUGUGAAGUGAUAAGCUUGCUACGUCUGCAAAACAAGAUAAUAACCAUGGCUUCCACGAUUGUUCUCCAAAGGCGAACAUACUGGGUAGAUGAAGUAGGGGUCGGAUAACAUACAAUAGUUCGGCAAAAAAUUGUUUCUGAUUCAGUAUGGUGGGAUUUUCACUUGUGGUCGGGAAUUCAGGGAGUUUCCAUGAUCGGAAACCAUUCGGUGGGGUUGAUGAUAACGAACGGACGAAACGCCCAGAGCGCUUUCCUUGCCAAACGUGCUGUUCCUCUGACAUUGUGUCCGUGUCAUUCAUAUUCUCCUCUUCAUCCUGUUUCGAAUUUUGCGCAUCCUUUCGAUCUUGCAUAUCUUUGUUCCUUGUCGCUUGGAAAACGAGUUGUCGGUUGAGUAAUGGUAUUAAUGGAUACUUCUGAAGCUUGGGUCUGUUCUUGCAUAACAGUAACAACCUGAUUGCAACUUUGCUAAAUUGUAUGACAACAACAAUCAGCCAUUUGCCCAUUUCACCCCAAAGCCGUUGUGCAGCCAUUUCAAGAAAGACCUCGACGCUCUCGAUCACAGAAAGAUAUAACAGCAACCGCUUUUCGUCUUCGGCUCCUGGGUAACUAGGCAAGGUUAGGUUGCAACGGAAUAUAUAAUCGUGUAACAAAGCUAGCAAGUUCGACAAGCCGUACAGAAGUUCCCCGAGCUCUUUCGAGGCGACAAAACGCCCUGGAAUAACAUAAGAUGACACGCGAAGCAGCGCUUCUAGGCGAGUAGAAAUUGCAGGAUCGUUUAGUAGCAUACCUGCAUACAUGUCCCAAACCUUUUGAAACUGCAUCUGGAAUAUUUUCAUUGCGUUUUCUGGCGCGUUUCGUAGGAUAUUUCGAAAGCUCGUGUAGUCUGCCAUUUUGGCGGACUGAAAAGAUCGUAGAGAUAUGACGUCAUCAUCGCCAGAUUUAUGGAAAAAAUAUACCGCUACUUUUUCGCGCCGAAAGUUACUC